CUUUAUUUUGACUUGAGAAGAACUUCUUCUUCUUUUCUUUCACUAAAAAAAUAUUUAUUUUUAUUUUCCUUCAAAAAAAUCUCCAUUCGGUAUCAGCCAUAGCCAAACCUCUCUUCUCUCUUAUUGUUGGGAUCGAGAAACUUGCCUUGAUAAACUCGGAAACUUGUAAAUCAGAGACCUUCGUAGAAACUACCCAGAAACAGCAUCUCAACAAAGAAACUAAUCAUUAUACUAAUGCCUCUGAUGCUCUUGUUUUGAUCCUCUGUUUUGGUUUGUGAUCGACUUCUCUUUAUUAAGUCUACUUCUACCAGAUGCAGAUUAAAGAUUCAUUUUUGUUUUGAACUUUAAGCCGACAUAGAGCUGUUUUCAUAGAUAUAUAUAUACUAUAGGACGAGUUAUUGAAGCAAUGGAUGUUAAUGAGGUUGAAGAAAAUUUCUUUGCCCCUGGUGAUGCCAAGCUACACGGAGAUAUGUGCAAUGCUCUUUCAGUGAUCUACUGCAAGAUCAUGUCUAUUUUCCCGUCACUUGAAGCUGCUCGGCCGAGAAGCAAAUCUGGUAUUCAAGCUUUGUGUUCACUUCACGUGGUUUUAGAAAAAGUGAAGAACAUUCUACGCCAUUGCACUGAAUCUAGUAAACUUUAUUUGGCUAUAACAGGGGACUCAGUAGUUUUGAAAUUCGAGAAGGCGAAAUCAUCUCUUAUAGAUAGCCUUAGGCGUGUUGAAGAUAUAGUCCAACAGUCUAUUGGAUCUCAGCUUUUGGAGAUUUUGAUGGAGUUAGAGAACACCGAAUUUUCACUUGAUCCAUCAGAGAAGGAAAUUGGGGAUCAAAUCAUUGGAUUGCUGCAACAAGGGGGGAAUUUUGAGAGCUCAACUGAUAAUAAUGAACUUGAGGUUUUCCAUCAGGCUGCUACUAGACUAGGUAUCACUUCUUCUAGAGCAGCUCUCACAGAGCGAAGAUGCCUCAAGAAACUCAUUGAGAGGGCCCGAAUGGAGGAUGACAAGAGGAAAGAAUCAAUAGUGGCUUAUUUAUUACAUCUCAUGAGGAAAUACUCAAAGCUAUUCAGAAGUGAGAUUUGGGAUGACAAUGAUUCACAGGGUAGUAGUUCAUUGCCUUGUUCACCUACUAUCCAGGGUUCUCUUGACGAUGCCCAUGGUCGUGCAUUUGACCGUCAGCUAUCAAAACUGAGUUCCUUCAACUUCAGAUCUUGCAAUAACAAUAGGAAAUCUUUGCAGAUAUCUGUUCCGCCAGAAGAAUUGAGGUGUCCAAUAUCUUUGCAGCUUAUGUAUGACCCUGUAAUUAUCGCGUCUGGGCAAACGUAUGAGAGAAUCUGUAUCGAGAAAUGGUUUAGUGAUGGACACAACACAUGUCCCAAAACUCACCAGCAGCUUUCUCAUCUAUGCUUGACUCCUAACUAUUGUGUCAAGGCUCUAAUUUCUAGCUGGUGUGAACAGAACGGCGUUCAGGCCCCUGAAGGACCGCCUGAGUCUCUAGACCUUAACUAUUGGAGGUUGGCGUUGUCUGUGUCCGAGUCUACCGACACGAGAUCAGUAAAACGUGUUGGUUCUUGUAAGUUGAAGGAUGUGAAGGUGGUUCCUUUGGAAGAAAGUGGAACCAUCAAAGAGGAAGCCUGUGAAUCAGAAUACCAGGAAGAUCAAGUUACUCUUGUUGAAAGAUGUACGGAAUUGUUGACCACUUUAAGUGAAGUGGAUACCUUACGGAGGAAAUGCAGAGUUGUUGAGCAGAUAAGAGUAUUGCUAAAAGAUGAUGAGGAGGCCAGGAUUCUCAUGGGGGAAAAUGGGUGUGUUGAAGCGUUGCUUCAGUUUCUAGGAUCAGCUCUUACUGAAAAUAACGCUUCAGCCCAGAAAGUUGGAGCCAUGGCUCUCUUUAACUUGGCUGUGGACAGCAACAGGAACAAGGAGUUGAUGCUAGCAUCAGGAAUUAUUCCUCUGCUGGAGGAAAUGCUCUGUAAUCCACAUUCCCAUGGUUCAGUGACGGCACUUUAUCUGAACCUUUCGUGUCUUGAAGAAGCAAAGCCCGUCAUAGGUUCGAGUCUGGCAGUUCCUUUCAUGGUAAAUCUUCUUUGGACCGAGACAGAAGUCCAGUGCAAAGUCGAUGCCCUUCACUCCCUUUUUCACCUGUCCACCUACCCUCCCAAUAUCCCCUGCCUUUUAUCUUCUGACAUUGUCAACGCCCUUCAAUCACUCACUAUCAGUGAUGAUCAACGAUGGACAGAAAAGUCCUUAGCUGUUCUACUAAAUUUGGUUUUGAACGAGGCAGGAAAAGACGAGAUGGUUUCAGCACCUGGCCUUGUGAGCAAUCUCUGCACCAUUCUUGACACGGGUGAACCAAAUGAGCAAGAACAAGCUGUUUCUUUGCUUCUCAUAUUAUGCAAUCACAGUGAGAUAUGUAGCCAGAUGGUUUUACAAGAAGGAGUAAUACCGUCUUUGGUAUCUAUUUCCGUAAACGGUACUCAACGUGGAAGAGAAAGGGCACAGAAGCUACUGACACUAUUCAGGGAAUUGAGGCAGAGGGAUCAAACCCAUCUAACAGAACCGCAACAUACAGAAGUCACAAGCCCCGAGGACGGAUUCUCUGUUGCUGCAGCCGCUGUAACAGAGUCAAAACCGCAGUGUAAAUCAGCCUCGAGAAAGAAAAUGGGAAGAGCAUUCAGUUUUCUAUGGAAAAGCAAGAGCUUCUCAGUUUACCAGUGUUGAGUCUGGUUUUUACCUAUAGUUGGUGUAAAGUUGUACUUUGUUUUUCCCAUCUCAAAGAAAGACUUAAUAUCUCUUUUUGAAAGUCUUGGAGGUAAAAAGAAAGAUGCUUGUAUAGGUAUGUAGUUUAUACCCAAGGAUUUUUGGGUCCUGGUUAUACAAAUUACAGUGUACUGUAUGUAGGUUUUAUAACAUUGAUGAGAAAUGUUUGUACUCUUAAAA